AAUAGUGAGCACGCGAAAGAUCCGAUUUUUUGAAUUCUAUUCUGCAAGAUCCAUCCAUCGAUGAUCACUUUUGCUGCACCGAAAGAAGAACCUCUUUCCUUCAAACUUUGCCUUGAUUGUUUCCAUUAUUUUUCGGAGAAGCUCUUUUGAAAAAGGAUCCUCUACUAAAAUCUCUCUUCUAUCAUCAAGAUGAUGAAGUUUCCCUCCAUUCUCUUGUCACUCUUAGCAGUGGCUCCAUCAGCUGUUGUUGUUGUCAAUGCGUACGAUGUGGGCUGUUUGUAUCCUCCCAACAUGCCGGAUCCGUUUGAAGCUCGUUAUUUGCUGCACGAGUAUUCGGGUUCGUAUUUGAUGAAUCAAGCGAUCGAGACUCCCGUAGUGAUUCACGUGGCGGCGCUGUCGUCCUUGUGUCAACACAACUGUGUGGCCUACCACGACGACAAGAUGUUGAAUGCCGUGACGGAAGAACGUCCCAUUGUCAGUAUCCCGCAAGAGUACCAUAAUUCCUGGAGUCGCAUGUUGUGUAUUGCGCAAUGUUUCGAGUUGUUGGGCAAUGAAGCCGGUCACAGUGGAACGUACGAUCUCUUUUGGGACAAGUGGGGAUUGGACAAUUUGCAGGAGCGCAAAGACAUUAUCGGAUUGGCUUGGUUGACGUCACAAGAUGGAGACACUAAAGCCUUGGAAUCGGUACUGGAAAAUGACGAUUAUCAUCCUUACACUGUCGCACAAAUUGUGGCUACUGAAAUUCUACUGGAUGUCAUUGAAGAUGGAUGGAAUGCUUUGGGCGAAUGGACGUACGACAAGACCACGGGACAACCCAUCAAGUGCACGGCCAACUGCGAACGAUACAAGGACACCACGGGAUACUUUCCACGCAAUCAUGCCACUGGAAAACCAGAAGUCAAUGGAACUCAGUACAUUGUGGAGGGCGUUGACAAGUAUUGGCAGCCACUUGAUGACAAUGACAAUAAUGGGUUCUUCAGUGCUCAGCAUCACGUCACUCCGCACAUUGGAUUCAUGGGCAAGGCCAAGUUGCAUGAUUCCGUGGACGAUUUCCCCACGGCACCCGAUCCGGAAUACAAUUACCGAGAAGAAGCGCUGGAGGUUGUGGAGCGACUCAAGGAAACCGCCAGUGAUCCCAUCAAGAAACAAAAAAUUGCCUUUUUUGACAACAAACUAUUGGUCAUCAACUUGGUAGAAGGCUAUGUCAAGCGCAAGUUUAACGAAAACUAUUCCUUUGAAGAUGAAAUCCUCUACAUUGAAGGCAUGUCGGCGGGUGAGUACGAAGCCACACUCAUGGCAUGGAGGGCCAAAGUUCAACACGAUCUUGUCCGUCCCACCACUGUCAUUCAACGUUGGGGCAACGAUCAACUCGAGACGUUUGAUGGAAACAAGGAAGCCGAUGGGCCUGGUAUUAUUGCGGCACGCGAUUUCCAAGCCUUUCAACGUGUCAUGCCCCACAGUGAAUAUCCAUCGGGAUCGUCCUGUAUCUGUACCGCCUACUCGGAAUUCACCGAUGCCUUUACCAUGGAGUACUACGACGACACCAUUACGGACAUUACCUUUGGUGCCUUGGGCAACAGCACUGGAUUUGGAUGCAAUCCCGAACAAGAUCCUCCUCUCUUGCAUCAAGCCGGGUGUCAGAGUGAUUUCACCAUUCCCAACAUGAAGGCGCUCCUCAACGAGUGCAGUCAGAGUCGUCUCUGGGCGGGAUUCCACUUUACCGCGGCUGUCGUCGAGGGUGAGAAAAUGUGCGCCGGUGUUGGAUUGAAAGCCAUGGAACGAGAAAAGAAACUCCGCAAUGGAAGUUCCUUUGGAACACCCUUUUACCAAGGGGAUGCCCGUCCUACAUGCACCAAUCCUCCACCGGAAAUGGUGGAAGUUGGCUUGACCGACACAAUCUUGUCGUCGGCGGCGGCGACCAACAAGGUGAUUUCCGCCGUCGUGGCAGCCAACUUGGCGCUGUUCUUUGCCGCUGCCAUGUAGAAGGCAUGAUGGUAGCGAGUGUUGCAUCUAUACCUAUCCAAUGACACUGACUGAAAGUCAACCAAGGAUGCAUCAUUUAUUUAGGAAAACCAAAAAGGCAAGAGAAGAAAAGAUAUAUACAUAGCCUAACAAUAGGAACAAAUCGUUAAAACCACU